AUGACACCGCCCACAUUGGCGCACGUCCUCGCACGUUCUAUGCGAUUUCCUGUGAAACGUGCGCGCCAAAUCAUUCCCAAUCUUUUUAAUCCUUCUCAACACCCUAUGGAAACAUCAGAUUCUGAGGAUAAAAUAACCUCCACUCGAACGAGGCAUUUCCACCCUCGACAUUUAUUUGACAAAAUUUACGAAAAAAAAACUGAGCAAUCAACAGACGGACCUUUAACUAGUACUCAGGAAGGUCUAUAUUCCCCGAAAUUAAUACGAAACAGCAUGGAUUUGUUGGGAUUUUUAAGGUUGGCUAAAAAAAUGCGAGCCUUGGAAGAAGGCUUGCGGACAUUUCUUGAUGCCACCUGCACAACACUUCCCAGUGAUGUCUUUGUUACCAGUGGAUGUGCCAUGGGUUCUUCCGCUUCCUUGCCGCCGUCGGCGUCUGCUUCGCCAGAGGAUUGCCCGAAGGGCCAUAUUACGCCGAGUAGUGCGCACAUUACACUACUGAUGGAUAUGUGUGCGAACAAGGGCGAAUGGGUCUUGGCCCUCUUUCUUGUUAGGCACUUCAGUAAAGCCCACCCAAGCCUAAUUGGGCACGCGGUCAGUUUGAUGGCACGCCAUCGCGUUGCGCCAAUGACCUUACGGAAGGCUGUUGAUGUACCGGAACUCUCCCCUUCUGAGGAUCUGGGGGACGCACCCAACACACAUGAUAUGGGGCUCGCGAAAAGCGACGUGGAAGUGUUGGGUUGGCACGUGGCGUGUUAUUACCUUACCCAUCAGUUCGGUUCGCAACCGCACUACAUACCUGUCGAGGCAUUCAAUGUAGUUCUUUCCGCCUGCAGCCGUGAUGAGGAUUGGCUCACAUCUAUGAGUCUUGUGCGAGGCAUGGGGCCGAACCCUUUGCAGGGCUGGCAGUCCGAGAGGGAACGGAUGGCGAUAAUAAGGCGUUUGGAUGAAACGAAGGGAACCACGAACACCUUACCCCCAGAUUGGUUUUGUCCCUUGACCACGUUUACGCAACCACAGGUCCCUGUCGAGACCCACAUGACGUUGGCCCCAGACAGCAGCGUUGGGGAAAGGGGAGCUGCAGUGAUCAACACCAGUGCACUCACCGAAUGCAAUGCUGCUCCAAGCACCUCUGCGCCACCCCCACCGGAUGUGGUUAGCUAUGCCACUCUCAUCGUGACUCUUGAGCAUGCUGGUGAGAUUCACUUAGCAACCGAAGUAUUAAACUGUUUGCCACCGUCAGAGAAGAAGAAAAUAACCGCUUCAUAUGCAGCCUUGAUCAGCGUAUGGUCAAAUGAGGUGUGUAGCAGAAAGCGCAGAUAG